CUCUCUUUUCUGUUUGAUAUCAAUGACCGUCUCCUAAACGCCACAGGACUAUAUGAACCGCCUCUUCCCCCAAUGGUUCGACAGAGAGUGAUCCUCAAAGAAACGUUUCAUUAUCUACAUGCACCUUCCAUUGGAACACUUGCAGCAUACGAUGUUUUUGACUGCACCUUUGAAUGCCUUAGCAAUCCUCUAUGUUCUUCUUUGAACCUGGCUUCCUCCAAAAGAGCCGACGGUACAUUAUUGUGUGAGUUCUUGUCUUCCGACAGAUACAGAAAUCCGAAGGAAUACAGAAGAAACCAGAGUUCGCACCACUUAUAUUUUAAGGUUAGUUUUAUUGUUGAGGUUGUUUCGUGGACAUUCCUUUUUACAUUCCUCGCUCAUUUCUAUCAUAGACAUUAACAAUGUAAUUCAGUUAAAUAUAUCAACACACCCUUUCAGUGUCGCUAAUUUACUCCUCCUUCAAGCUUUAGAAAUCUUGUAUUAUCUGCGCUCUGAAUAUUUAUUACAUCAAUUUUGAAAUCACUGGCGAUCCUUACAAUCUGAUUGGCUCUCAUCCGUGUGAUUUAUUAACGAGACCUUUACUAGAAGACAAAAACCAAUCAGAUUUCAAGGCUAACCAAUCAGAUUAGAGAAAAAUGAAAGACAGCUUUUGUAACUUUUUAUACAAAUCAGCUUAGUACUGGAUCAAUAACAUAUUUGUACAGACUAAAAAAAUCCUUAUUUGAUUGACUAAAUUGUUGCGAGUUAAUAAUGGUGUGUCAAGUGGUAAUUGAACUUCGUGACGUAUAUUUCUGGUCUGAAAUCGUAAUCGUGAUUUUAAAUCACUCGAACGAUUUCAGACCAAAUUGCACCCCACUCAGUUCAAUUGCAAUUAUUAAUUAUUUCAUGUUUAUAUCGUUUCAGUCGCCUUGUUCAUCGUAUCCUUGCCAGAAUGCAGGUGUUUGUGGGACAAACUAUCGAUAUAAUACGUUUGAAUGCUUCUGUGAGAACGGUUUCACUGGAAAGUAUUGCGAGAAAGGUAACACUGUUGAGCAUAUAAGUAAUGAAUACAUAACGAUCUCACUUCCCUCUAACUUUAAGAAUUUGACUAAAAAAAUCCUUAGCCACAUGCGAAGCUAAGCAAUUAAUUUGAAUGUGAUAUUGUUAGCCCAAAGAUGUGCUUUUGUGAUCAGGUUUCUUUUAACCAGUUUCCAUCUGAUGCAGCUGCUAACUUGUGAUUUUUUUUUAUUUUCUUAAAGCACUGAGGUCUUGUAAAGAUAUAUAUGACGCACACAAGUAAGUAGCGCGCGUUUUUAUAAUCAUUACAGAAACGGCAAAAGUGAGGCAAUUAUCACAAUACCAUACAAUAUCAUCAUCAUUAUCAUAAUUAUAAUUAUUAUCAUGAUCAGUACUAUUAAUUUUAUUAUAAUUGCUAUUACUGUCAUUAUCGAUUUAGUUAUUACUCUUAGUAUUACCAAUGUAAGUUUGUAUCACUUUAAAAACUCAGUGUCCGUGACAAGCUUAACGUGAGUCAGUUGGUCACUCUGAUCAUAAGCGAGAAACCGGUCUCUGUUCUUUGUCACAUGGGAGAUUUUGGAUGUGGAGAUGGAGGAUGGACGCCGGUCAUGAAGAUUGACGGCAACAAGGUUUGAGUUUUUCUCAUCUUUUUUUCUUUUCAUCAAAAAAUUUCCAAAUCAAUAUGGCCAACAUGUCAGAGUGCUUCCAUCAUGACUCUGAGUCUGAAUGAUGAGAAACCUGCACCGAGUGAGUCGAUCUGAAAUUAAAGUAACGCUGCAAAAUAAAUUUAAAUAUUUCGUUUUGAGAAGUAAUAACCUAGCUUUUUCAAGAAUCUCCGCAAAUAGAGUUGCACUUUCCGAAAAAUGAGCUUUUUUAUGAUCAGUGGUACGUUUAAGUCAGUGAAAGUGUCCCCGUUUCGACAAUUUGAGCAAAACUCAUACGCAAGUUGCUGAAAUGUCAGACUGUUUCUCUUGGGAUAUGUCCCUUAUUGUUUUGAGAAUCACAUCCGUUCAGAUUAGAAUAAAAUAUACCCACGUGUGCUACUCGAUCACAGUUCACAUCUCUUUAAGCCUCAAGAUUCUAGACCCAAAAGAUGAAAUGAUUCCUCCUGGAGGAGUAACUCGGUCAGAGAAAUAUUGAUUUACCCGAAAUUUCAACCUUACCCAACAUUAUUAUGUGUUAUUCCUUAACGAUUUCGAUGAACCUUCUAAGGUUUUCGAUCGGACGAAACGAUCAAACGUUGUUCUUUGAAACAAGAUUAGAUUAUAAUUUUAAAGUUUUGUAUUUCUGAACAAUGUAAAAAACAUUAACGAGUGAAAUCUCAUUCAUAUGCAGGACACCUUUCAAUUUAACAAAUCUUAUUGGACUGAUGAAAACGAAUACAAUCCUUCUGGAGGGGAAACUGGAUUUGACCAACAGGAAACAAAGCUACCCACCUACUGGAACACAUCCUUCUCCAAGAUCUGUCUCGGUAUGAUGUCCCACCAGAAGCUCAGGUUCAUUGUCAUCAACAAGAAAGCUGACUCUCUGUAUUCACUGAUCGCUGACGGAAAAUAUCGCAAUACAUCCCUGGGUCGUGAAACGGGGAAGAAAUUACUUGGUGAUCAAGCCUCUUUACAGCUCAAUUGUAAUAUGGAAGGGUUCAACGCAGUAUGUCAUGAUCGCAAAGAAUCCGCAAGGAUUGGCAUCGUGACAAAUAACGAAGAUGAAUGCUAUUCGUGUGAUUCCAGGCUCGGGUUUGGUACAAAAGGAAAAAUUGAUAACACCUGUGGAAACGUGGCUAAGCACCAGGCGGAUAAUGGAGACAAAGACAUCAAAGCCAUGGGUUACGUACUGGUUCAGUGA